AAGAAAUUUUGACAUUUCAUAUCGCACCGUGAAUGUUAAAAAGUAAAAGAAGAAGAGUGUGAAAAUUAAUCAAACGUAAAAGAUAUUUGAGGAAAGCAAUUGGUGGUCAAGUGAAAAACUAAUAAAACGGAAUAGAAAUUUGAGCAGGAGUAAUUGUGUAUGUGUAUAAAAAAGCAAAGAGUUAUUCAAACGUAAAAGAUAUUAGAGCAAAGCAAUUGGUGGUCAUUUUUAGUAUCCAUAAUGGAAGACGAAGAGUUAAAUCUUAUGAUGUUGUUGAACUGUGGCGCUUUCAUGACCAUCAUAGAGUCUGGAAAAACCAAAUUAAGACGCAGGAGACCCUGUCAUUGGGUGAGCCCUUAUCUCAAGGCGAGAAAUGAGAAGGGGAGGUUUUUCACCGACUUCAAAAACUUACGGAACGAUCCAACUCGUUUCAUCGAAAAUUUUCGUAUGCCACCAAGUGUAUUUGAUGAGCUUUGGGAAAUACUGGAACCACAUCUGCUUCCAAAGCGGAAUACUAGACCGAACGAUUUCAUUCCUACUAAAGCUAAGUUAGCAAUUGUACUAGAGUACCUGGCUUCUGGAGAUAUACAACGCCAUAUUGCCUCCUGCUAUCGUAUUAGCAAGCAGCACUUUGGUAGAAUCGUGUCCGAUGUGUGUAAGGGAAUAUGCAGCGUAUUGAAAAAUGAAAUUCCAGAUUGGACAGAACACUCGUUGUUGGAGAUAUCGAAUUGCUUUCGAACACAAUGGAAUUUUCCGAACUGCGUCGGGGCUAUCGAUGGCAAACACAUAGCUAUCAAAGCCCCACCAAAAUCUGGAAGCAUAUUUUAUAAUUACAAAGGAUUCCAUUCUAUUGUGUUGAUGGCCACAUGUGAUGCCAAUUAUAAAUUCACAUACGUCGAUGUUGGUGCUUACGGAAGCGAAGGAGACUCCAAUAUUAUGAAGAAUUCGAGAUUUGGUAUCAGCAUACUUAAUGACAGCUGCCAAUUUCCGGCCGAUGGCUUUAUUGAUGGCAAAAAAGUACCCUACUUCAUUGUAGGAGACGACGCAUUCCCACUGUGCAAACGUAUUAUAAAGCCUUACAACAGCAAACACCUUUCCAAAGAGGAACAAAUUUUCAAUUACCGUUUAAGUAGAGCAAGACGGUGUAUUGAAAACGCGUUUGGAAUUUUGAGUGCAAAAUGGCUUUGCCUCAGAAAGGUAUUAUUUUGUCAUCCGGAUCGGGCACGAUCGAUUGUUUCAGCAUGCUGCCUGCUUCAUAACUUCCUCAUCAAUAAAUGUGGACAAACUUAUAAUCCCCCUAUCUUCUCUGGAUUCGAGGGCAUCGAUGGAUUCUGGGAAUCAGGAGAAUGGGAGACUAUACAACAACAAGAAGGCCCUUUAAAUGAUUUAGGUACCUACCGGGGAAGAGCAUCAGAUUAUGGAAAAUAUGUACGAAAUGUCUUAAAAGAUUAUGUAAAUUCUACAUCUGGAUCUGUUCCAUGGCAAAAUAAUGCAACAUUUCUUUGA